UGUUCUGUCCCCACAAACACGGGCGGAUUGAAGUUAUCGCCCUCACCAAGAGUAAAAUACAAAUUCAGUGAAUUGCAUUCAGUCACUUUUCUAGGUUCCUCGAACUUCAUAGGUUGUGUGAUUAUGAUGUUGAUUACGCUCAAAUAUGAAUGCAGAUAUACAUGCACUCUAGGUAGACGUACACGCUAUUGUGUGUUCCUCUAACUACAAUCAAUGUCCAUCAAUGGAGCAACAUUUGUCAACAUUUACAUCAGACAUACAAACGCAAAUAGUCAGAUGAGGCGUCAGAGCCCUUGAUACCAUCUCACAAUGACAUUUUAUGUAAAAAUGAGUCCUAACCAUAGGAAAAAUGUUCACUUUUGUGCUGAUGCGGCUAAAAUUUCAAGGAUAAAUAAUUACCAACUUGUAAUCGAACACGUUCACUGCAGAAUAAACGACCAGAAUGAGAUAUAAGCUGGAAAGAUAUGUUCAGGCUGUAAGUCCUUGUUUAACAUGUGAGUUAGACAUUUUGUAAAAGUAGAUAAAUCAACUUUCAAUGCGCGCCCGAAAAAAUUGAGUAGCUCUACACAUAGUGCUUUCUGAGACUUCAAGAGUAAAACAUAGACGCCUAACUUAUCUUACUAGCAAAGGAUUUUCGAAUUUCAUCCCCAACUCGACAUUAAAACAAGAACCUGAAAACUGAAGUUUGAAGUUUGGUUACUUCAGUUUGUACUGUUUUGGCGGCCGAACAGUUUCUUUCACUACGGCGGGCAAUUGCAGGUUUCAGCAUGGUUGCAAAAUCCGUUCCCAAACCGAAGACGCAUAAACCAGCCUCAAAGAAAAAGCAAGUCCUGAAGUUCAGUAUAUGCAUUUCACCCGGAGUUAUUGAUGAAGAUAUAGUUAGCCCUAGUUUACUUGAAAAGUAUUUAAAGGAACACAUAAAAGUAGAUAAUAAGCUUAAUAAUCUUGGGAAAGAUGUUCACAUUGAACGUGACAAAUCAACCAUACAUGUCACCGCAAACAUCCCUUUUUCGAAAAGGUAUCUUAAGUAUCUGACAAAGAAAUUUCUCAAACGUCACAAACUGCGAGAUUUCCUUCGCGUGGUAGCGAAAUCAAAGGAUUCUUAUGAAUUUCGGUUCUUUAACUUCGAAAAUGAAGAUACAGACGAUGAAGAGGAGAACUAAUCGUUGUAUGUAAUAAAUGUAUAAGUGCCGGAACACAACUGUCAUUUUUCUUAACAUGGGUAAACAGCUUACAUGUUCCCCUAAAAAUUAGCUUAUUGCUACGGAAAACUCAAAUGUAUAAUAUAAAUCCGGCUAACAAGCAGGUUGUCAUUGAGUUACGAUUUGUCUGUUGGUUGUCGUCAAUGAUAAUCCCUUUGUUCUAAUAAUAAGACAGUAUAAUAACUAAGGUAAUCCCCAUAAUUUGGUUAUUAUCCGAGAAUCUUGUCUACACAUAUUUACAACGUCGAACUGGACAGUCUUCAAAAUCUAAAUAGUCGAAAGAAUUCUAGUCAAUGUGGACAUUUCUUUCAAGGUUUUCCACACAGCUGCCACAUUUUCGGUCUGUUAAAUUGGUAGAUGGCAGACGUUCUGUCAUUAUUAUUCCUGCAAUCUGUAGCUUUGCUUUUUACGGGCGUCUAAGAUUGGUAGUACCAAUUAGUUUGCUUUCUUAUUUCAUUGAUAUCUGGUCAAGAUAUACCUUUGUCAUUAUGCUCUGCACAUUGACUUCUAAAAAGUAGAGUUGCAAUGUUUGUUACUCCUAUGCUGUAAAUUGUCGUUAUAGGAAUAGACUAUUUCUACCCUCUCGUUUUAUGUAUGCUAUUCCGAGAAAAAAGCUAGUCAUUUAGAUGCGUAUCAACAAUGGUUUGCUGACUGAACAACAUGUAAACUAACGAAGCUGCUGGUGUAAACGAUUCACUUGUCUCAUUAGACUGGUAGCUCCCCUCUCUUACCCAGUAGAAAUAGUGGUAUUGUUCAGUCUGGUGACUUCCGAAGGGUUUUUGUGCUUUCUGCAGUAUACAUAACGUGUGUGGGAUAAAUAAAAUUAUUCAGGCGAACAGGUGACUUUAGGAACCAUUAUGAUACAGCUCGGGAUCUUAUCCUGAACCUGCCCAACCAAAAUUGGUGCUAUUUGACAUAAGAUCACGUGCCACGAUUUUGUAUGAUCAAUAUUUAUGUGGAAGCUCGAGUAACGGUACAUUUACUGGAUUGCUUCAAAUGAGGUCUUUGGCAUUGAACACACUGCUUAAGUUUAUGUGACUGAGCAAGUGUAAUUAUAUCCCGACCAAGUGGAUUACUACUUUUGGCUGGUAUCCUAUACAUGAUCCAAACAUUGGUUAUUGGGUAGUUUGACAGAAGUUGAGACAGAUGCCAAAUCGGUUAAUGAGGAUAUGGAUCUUAAUUAAUCGUGUCCAUUGCGGUGUGCUAUGUUUGUCUAACCACUGUCUGCUGCGGCGUGCUAGUUGAAGGGAUGCUAGGGGCGGUCGAACUAUGACUAUCUGUCAGUUUUCUAAGUCAGUGACCGAUGGGUUGAGCGGUGUUGGUGGAGCUGAUUGCCUAAUAGAAGUCCGAUAGGUCAGAGGUUAGAGACUGGGAGAUAUGAGCGAGUCGUUCACAGUGUUGCAGAUGCACUUACCAUUCAUCUUGAAUUCUAGUGUCGGUUCGUACAUGCCUAUCCGUCCUAUGUUUUUAAACAAUUUUCUCAAUGCUUAGUCUUUUUCAUUGUAGUUACUGCUGGG